UGUAAAGCGAAAGAGAAAGAAACGCAAAGCGCAGACCGUAUGUGCCAUUAGUAUUUCAAUUCCACUGCCUUCCAAUUUCAACAAACAACAACAAGUCGCAACUCGCUUUCUUUUAUUUACACCAAACCAAACCAAACACACCCUUCCUCUUCUCUUCUUAUGGCAAUUUGGGGUUUUUCUCUCAAAUUAGGGCACACAAUUUAUUAUUGAUCGAUCCAUUCGUUGAUUUUCUCUCCUCGAAUUUCACAAUCAAUCAACGGAGAAGAUGUGAUCCUACUUAUAAGAUUGAUUUUUUUGUUUUGAAACUGUAACUAACUGUAAUCUGUGUAUCAAAUCCAACGAUUUUCUAGGGUUUUUGUGAUGUCGGAUCGGACCAAGGUGGUGGUGCGCCACUUGCCUCCUACCAUCACUGAAGCUUCUCUUUUGCCGCUAAUUGAUUCCGCCUUCGCCGGUCGUUACAACUGGCUCUCUUUCCGUCCUGCCAAAAUCAGCCAGAAACAGGCCUCAUUUUGUAGAGCUUACAUUGACUUCAAGAAGCCUGAGGAUGUUAUGGAGUUUGCUGAUUUCUUCAAUGGACAUGUCUUUGUCAACGAAAAGGGAACACAGUUCAAAGUCACUGUUGAGUACGCUCCUUCGCAACGUGUUCCAAAGCAGUGGUCUAAAAAGGAUGGUCGUGAUGGAACCAUAUAUAAAGAUCCCGAGUAUCUGGAAUUUCUAGAACAACUUGCCAAACCUGUUGAGAAUCUCCCUAGUGCUGAGAUACAGUUGGAGAAAAGGGAGGCAGAACGAUCUGGUGCUGGGAAAGAUAAUCCUAUAGUUACACCACUGAUGGACUUUGUGCGCCAGAAAAGAGCUUCCAAGGGACCACGGAGAUCAUUGUCUAAUGGAAAAGUGAGCAGAAGAAUUGGCACACCUUCAAAUGGAACCUCUAGUUCUGUCCCAACUAGACGCGGUUUCGCAAAAAAGAGAGUUUCCACCACAAUGUAUGUUGCAAGGGAUGCAGGGAAAAAUUCUACUGUAAAGGACAAAUCAACUUAUAUUUUGGUUCCCAGGCAUGGUGAUCAAAAUCUUUCAAAUAAAUCUUCAAAUAUAGCUUCUUCAGAUGGAAAUCAAACUUAUGAUGAGAAUGGAAUUGCCGGAAGUAAUGAUGCUGGGAAAAAGAAAGUACUGCUUCUUAAAGGGAAAGAAAGAGAAGUAAUUACUGUAUCUGAUUCAGAUAGCAUGUCGCAGCAUCAUAACAUAGCAUCUUCAACUAAAGCAGUUCAUAGUUCUACGGUUCUGAAACAGAAUCAGCGGCAUGAAGGUAGUGGAAGGAUUAUCAAAAGCAUACUCACCAACAGAGAUCUGCGACAAAGUCAGUCUUCCAGAGCCUAUUCCGAGCGGCAGAUCCAAACUUCAAAUCUAGAAAAAGAAAAACAACCUGCUCGCCCCGUACAUGUGCAAUUGAUUUUGAAGGGCACUGAUGGUGCGCCAGAGAAUAGGAUUACCGUGCAUGGUCUACACGUUUCUAGUGAGAGACAAGAGAGGCGUUUUAGACAUAGGGAUAGACCUGACCGUGGUGUUUGGACAAGUCGUUCCAAUGUAGGUGAUGAAUCUUUGUCAUCCUCAGCUUCUUCACAUGUAGAUCAUUUGGAAGGAGGUCAUCCAGAGUUUAAACAUGACACACCAAGUGCAAGAAGUGGGGAGGUAAAAUCUCUUGGAAAUUUCCGUGCCAGUCAUUCAUCAGAAAAUGGUUUCACUAGGCCUUUUGGUCGCCGUGGACCAAUACAUGGAGUGAAGGAUGUUGAUGGCUAUUCGAUUAGUGAGGGGAAGCAUCCUAGAAAAUCUAGUACCUCUGCUUAUGGUUCCAACGAGAAACAAGUUUGGGUCCAAAAAGCAAGUUCUGGGACCUAGAGUAUUUAGAUUGUGCUAAGCUUGCUGACAUACAAUUUUGGAGCAUGCAUACAUUUGCUAGCCGCCGGAUUCUGUCUCUUUUUGGUCGACGGAUUCUUACAAGUGAAGGAGUUAGUGUGAUUAAAAAAAAGCUUUUACAAUACAUGGGAGGGAAGUACUGUGAUGGAUUUGAUUUGGCUUAAAUAUUUGGACAUAACUUAAUUGAAGAUGGCUCUGAGAAAAAAGAGAAAUGAAAGUAGUGGAAUCACGCUGCACAGUGACUCAUUUUCAAGCUGUUACCUGUUUGAAGAAUUAUGGAUAGAUUUUCCUGGCAAGUUCUAUCUUAAAUAGUUUUAGUGUAAAUAUUCCCUCAAUAUAUACGAUGGCAUAUUAGCUAAGGGUAUGGGUAACUUAUAUAAACAAUCCAUUAUUUUAGCUGUUUUCCAAAUACAAGUCGGCGCUUGCUCUAUUCCUGGGUGAUUUUCUAGUUACACAGAACACUUCAUGGACGACUUAGCGGGAUUUUGUCCUUGGUUUUUUUUGUUGGCACUGAAGUUUCGUGUAGAGCUGAAACGCUGAAAUGUCUUGGAUAACGACAUGGUGUGUUUACUAUCAAAGAGUAUUGGGGAAUUAUUACUGUGUGGAUUUUAAUUUUCUAUAAAAUAUCAAUGUACAGUAUGGUGUUGCAUAACAAAGCUGUUAUAUGAUGUUGCUGGUUUCUUGAUUAUGUGAAUGGUCUACCAGUUCUCACUUUUCUUUUUUACUUUUAUCUGGCUGGUAAUUGCACUAGUGACUGUUACCAAAACAAGUUUCUUCACAUAAGCCUAGAAGGAGAUUAAAAGGCAUCAUAAUAAACUUGCAAUCCCAUUCACUGGUUCAGAAUUCCAUUUUUGGUAUCCUUUUCUUUCAUUAAUAUGACUAUAGCCUGGCGUGAAAUCAAUUUAGAAAAAAAAUAUAUCUCUUCCCAGUUUAUCCAAUAGUUCAUUGAUGAUAGGAGUUUGAAAUUUUCCAAGUACAAUAAUCUUGCUUAAAGUUUGUAAUAUACACAAGACUGACAUUCUCCAUCUUUUUUAUUC